AAACGAACAAACAUCGGGUCAAUUAGAGUUAAAUUUCGAUUUAUUCUCGAGAGAUAUGAUUCAAGCGCUCGCGCGCGGCAAGAAUAAAAUUUACAUUGGUUUAUCUUCCUAAUAGAGUUGUGAUAAUCGUUGUGGGGCCUAAGUUACAAAGACCAAAGGUGCUGUUACCAUACUGGAGGAACGGCGCGGAAAUUGCUAUUUAUCGCAGGGCAUUAAUCUUUUCGUCGUCGCCGUCGGUCGUUAUGCACAGUGCGAGAGUUAGUAUCUUGGGAAGCACACUCCCCAGAUAACCACAUAUCGUAUAUUGAUGUAUGUUGUUAGUUGUAUAGUAAUUUAAUCUAGAUCACAAUCAUAAAACUAUCUAGUUUGAAUAUACAUAUUGUUGACCAAGAAUCUUGCGUGCGAUCAAAUCCGAUUUGAAUUGAAAUCAUAAAAAUAAGUCACUUAUGAUGCUGAAAAUUGUCGAAAAUUGUUAUAGGUUUAAAUGAAUGAAUUCGUACAACAUAUCACAUUUUGUCAAUUUAUGCAUGAUUCUGAGCUCAUUACUUGGUUUGGUAAGCACUUAUUUCAAUUACACAUUUCAUCGUAAAUUGUUAUAAUUGAAUCAAAACAUCAUAAAGCGAACAACGCAUCGCUGUAGCUUUUUCUGGUUUUAUGGUUUGUUUUUAUUAAAUAUCGAACAUUAUGCUUGAAUUCAUUAACAAAAACAAAAUAACAAAAAUCAAGAAACGAGGAACAUAUAGUAGGCUGCUUCAAAAAUAUCGCAAACGUUUCAAACAAGCUUUCCGUAAUAAUCCGGCUACUCAAGAAGUCAACAGCGCAUUAGGGGAACCUGAAACCUUUCACCGACAUGAUCCCGGAAAUGUCGAGAAUAUUGGAACAGUUAUGAAUAAUCGUGAAAUUGUUGAACAUACAGAGAGUGAAAGGAAAAUAGUUACUGAUAUUAGGAAAUGGUCGGCCGAAAACAACAUUCCACAGACAGCUCUAAAAUCAUUAAUAGAUGUCCUUAACAGCAACCUUCAACUUGAUUUACCCAAAGACCCACGAUCUAUUAUGCGAACACCCAGGAAUGUGGACAUCCGCCCUAUGGGAGAAGGAGGACAAUAUUGGCAUCAAGGACUGGAGCCAUGUCUAAGGAGGAUUUUCCGUGAUAUCAGGACUGAUACGUCAAUUUCGAUUAAUAUAAACAUAGAUGGUCUGCCAAUUUACAAAAGUACAACGAAAAACUUUUGGCCUAUUUUAUGCAACAUUUACGAGAUUCCUAGUAUUGCACCAAUUGUCGUGGGAAUAUUCUAUGGCUACGGAAAACCGAAAGACGUAAAUGCAUUUCUCAACCCGUUCAUCGAUGAGCUACUAAAAAUAUUAGAAUCGGGAAUCAUCAUCCAUGGACACCGGCUCUCCAUACACAUCCGCUGUUUUGUUUGUGACACCCCCGCUAGAUCUUUUAUUAAAAAUGUGACAAACUUCAAUGGAAAGUAUGGGUGCAUCAAAUGUACGACCAAGGGACGAUUUAGCCAGUUAUCGAGAACAAUGACGUAUCCGGAGUUAAAUGCCCCUCUAAGGACCGAUAAGGAAUUUCGAGAAAACCAGUAUCCUGAUCAUCAACGAGGAUACACACCACUUGUGAAACUACCAAUCGACAUGGUGAACGACAUCAUUGUUGGUGACUCAUUGCAUCUACUUGAACUAGGAGUUAUGAAAAAAAUGAUAACUAGUUGGCGAACAGGUUCAAUGUCGAUGAAAGCGAAAUGGGGUUCUUUUCAGAAAAAAGAGAUAUCAGAAUAUCUUAUUCAAGUAAAAUUUCCUGUCGAGAUUAAUCGAAAAAUGAGAUCACUAGAAUUUGUCUCGCUGUGGAAAGGUUUGGAAUAUCGACAUUUUUUAAAUUACGUUGGUAUAGUUAUACUUAAGGACCAUCUCCCUGAAAAAUUUUACGAUCAUUUCCUAUACCUUUUCUGUGCUGUAAGAAUUUGUUCUGCAGAAAACUAUGCCAAUCUGCUACCGGUUGCACGAUCAUUAAUCAUUGAUUUUAUCGAAGACUUUAAAGCACUUUAUGGUACUGAGUUUGUAUCUAGUAACGUACACAAUCUCUGCCACAUAGUGAGUGAGGUUGAACGGUUCGGACCAUUGCCAACAUUCACCGCGUACCCGUUUGAGAAUUAUAUGCAUUCUUUAAAAAAAAUAGUACGAACCGGUCCGAAUCCAUUAGCACAAAUAGCAGCUCGGAUAAUUGAAGCAGCCAAUUCAAAAAGUUCUGAAGGUGCUAUUCAUCAGAAUCAUGCAACAAUAGCAGAAAAGCAAGGAAGAAUAAUCUUGGCAAUCAAAAAUUUCCAACUAAGCACAAACUUUGAAGACAGAUGGUUUCUCACAAAACAAUGUGAAUUGAUUCGCUUUAAUGACGUUUCUAGGGAUAAGGCAGAUUUAUUGAUUUUCGGGUCGCAAAUUAUUCAUAAGUAUGAUUUUUUUCAGAAGCCAUUUAAAUCAUCUCAUAUUCAUAUUUACAUUGCUAAAGUAAAAUCAAGUAACUAUUCAAAUACCAUGCAUUUCAAUAUUCAUGAUGUGUUUUGUAAAUUAGUUCCUUUACAUAGAAAAGAAGGUAUUGUGUUCAUACCACUACUGCAUACGAUUCAGUAAUUUUAAAGUGAUUCGUCAAUGAAAUAAAAAUUAGCGUAAUGAAAACGCGGGUAACCAUAUUGAUUUUAAAGUACAUGAAUAAUACAUUGAUGACGACAGUAGAGAAAUACUUUACGACUAUCUCCCCAUGUGGGAUGCUAAUGGGUAUCACACUAUGCAUCACGAUUGGAACCGUACGAUAUAAAAUUUCGAUUACAGUCAGGUCUCCUAUUAGAGGCUGCCACCCACUUUCACUCAACAAACACGCCUGAACCUCGCAUUUUACAAAGCGAAACUAUUAGCAAACAUCUUAUUACAGUGACCAUUAAAUUCAGUGGUGUAAUUAAGAAGCAUUCCAAUAAACGAAAUUGCAUUGAACAGAAGAUUGCUGUACCAGCCUACAUAUACAUGAGUCUUAUAGGAGUGCGCGUAGUAGGAAUGAGCGUUAUAGGAGACCCGACUGUACUUUCUAUAAAUUAUGGAGACACAUGGUAGUUUGUAGUUCUAAUCAUUUUCACAGCAUCAUUCUCAGUGCAAUCGACGACACCACUAAAAGUCUGAAACGUACAGAUGUAUAUUUUGUAAAAAUAUCAAUACAAAGUACAGUGAACUCUCCAUGAGUCGAUUAGCGUUGAGUCGAUGUUC